CAGUCCUCGAUUUUGGCAACACCCAUCCAAAAGUAUUCCAUUCGGAGUCCAAUCCAAGCCAUAACGAUGGUCAUUUCCUUUCCUUUUGGUCUUGGCUUGUCCUGAUAUCGAUCGCCUUGUUUCUGCAGGCUGUGCGUCCGUGCAUAGUCUCAAUGUUACCGCUUUCGCCUCGUCUCCAGGCCUCACGCUUGGUGGAUCAAUUCAUUAGAACCACACUCUGCAGUAAGCUGGGAACCUUUUAAGUUCGCAGUCACCGUCUAGCUUCACCCACAGCUUCGGUGGAGCCAACCUCGUGUCUCAACUGCUUCCUCGCGUCUCAACGGCUUGAAUUCGUGCCCUCCACAUUGGUACAACGAUACCAUGCAUUAUUAUACAGCGCCAGUUCCGGCUGUCUGCAAACCAAACGGUUCGGUCACACUAUGACGAUGUGUGCAUUGAUAUCCAACCUGAAGAAGAUUCAAAGGAUGCACGCCCGCGAUACGGAUGGAGCAGUCAAUAUCAUCGAACUGAGCAAAGGCUUCUCCUGUGCCUGCCAUGCCUCGAAAUUGCUCGCGUAUGAUUCCCGUUAUCUGAACCGUGGCCCGCCGUAUCAAAUCAAACAGUGUAGCAGUUGGAGUUGUCUGUACUCGCGUACCAUGCAAAUCAAGAUCCAAUGUCCUAUCAAAAGCGAUGCAACCGUCUGACCCUUCUGGAAUCACAGAAACCACAAGGGACUUGCUGUGAAUACAUUCUUUCCCCACUCAACCAAUAGAGUUGUUCCAACGGCUGGAUCACACUGCACUUCACUCUCCUACUGGUCGUGUACGAUUGAUCUGAUACACUUAUAAUAUCGAAUUGAGAAGACAGACUCGUCCGUUGCUUUGCAGUCAACGAGAGUACUCCGACGAAAGUCAAAAGCAAAAUGACAUGGGCUCCGAAAGAAGACUUGGGCCACAGAUCUCACAGUUUCCUCAUUUGAGAAUCGAAUCGGCGAAACUAGUUUCAUCUCUCGACCUGCACUAAUUUGUCCCCUUCAUUCAUCAAAAUGAGCAAGCGUCAAGUUGACGAGGCGCUGAAGGGGGAUCCCGAACCUGAGCACGUUCAGAAGGAAGCCAAGAAGCAAGCAGAUUCCGAUCUGGAGUAUGUCUACAACACCGUCGACACGUCUACAAAGUCCCAACGUCUCUUUACCGAACAGAACGUCGUCAACCUUGAGACCCUCCUGGACAAGGAAUCUGAACUAGGAACGGCUGCGCUCCCACGCAUAAACAAAGGCACCCAGAAGCAGCUGCACAACUUUUGCCUGUGGUACCAAGACUUUUUCAAGAAGAACGGCAGCGACGCCGAUUGGAAGCCUCAUUUCGAUGAAGACUCCUUGGCUCGGUUCGAGAACGACAAACUACUUGCUGCUCUCGAUACGUCCAACUCUAGCGAUGGACUUCUCGAAGAGGACCUCGAGCUCGUAUGCGAAGAGCUUGAUAUGCCCAAAAGCACGCGACAACACCUGGCCCAACUCGGAAUCGCCGACAUGAAAUCGCUGCUCGACAAGAAGACGGAUUUGGAACUGUUUUCCCUCCCAAAUGUAAAGAAGACUACCCAAAAGGCGCUUUUGAAAGCAUGCCUCUGGCAUGAGGACUUCUACAGGAAGAAUGACGAUGGCAUUUCGUGGCAGGCUCAUUUCAAUGACGAGACGCUUGCAAGCUUUGAACAAGAACCAAGCGUGGAAAGAGACUAUAGAAUGGCUUUGGAUCGCAUCCAUGAAGGUCGUGGUGAUGGAGGUAUUUCCAAUGUAUCGGAAGAAAUGAUCAACUACGCCGCCACCAUCACCACCAAGUUCCUCAACAAACCCCUCCUCGAACAAUGCCGCAACAAAUUUAGCCCUUUUGAAGUGGCUGUCAAGUGCCACAGGGCUUUGAUGCAUCCCAGAGGCUCACCUCAUGACCUCAUCCACCUUGUGUCAGGCAAGACCCAAUCUGGAAAGAGCACUGUAAAGGCUGUCUGUGCUGCUGUCCACAGACAACUGUCUUGCCUUCUGAUCAUCAUCACAAAAGGCGUCCCGGAGCGCGACGAUUUGAAAAUUAAGCUGAAUAAGCUCUUGGGUGGAUGCCGUGAAACUAUGGAUGCAGGAUUGCUGGUUGUCGCAGAUACAGGUGGUCAAAUUGCCAAGGCCACAUCAGCAGUCCUGUCAAUUAGAAAGGAGUUACCCCAUGCAAGAUUUGGAAUCAUAGUUGACGAGUGCGAUGCUAUGUACAGGACCAAGGAUUGUGCUCAGAUAAUGGAACAGCGUUAUGUCGCAUUGAUGGAUCUUGGUCCUUCUUUUCGUAUGGAGAUUUCUGCUACAAUCUAUUCUGCGCUUCAAGCUCUUGACGAGCAAGGGAAGCAAGUUGAGAUGAUGGAGAUUUUCACUACGGAGGACUACAGUGGGAUCCUGGAAAUGAAACAUGCGAAGGCUGCCGGAAACGAUGCUUUUCUGAAUCCCAAGAGCCUUGGUCCAAAACUCGGGGUGAAAUACCGGUACAUUAGUUCUGAAGUGCCGAAGCCAAUCGAAAGUAAGACUCCGCUGCUCUUCUCGGAUGAACACAAGCUCAACCCCAAAUGCAGCGCGUGCAAGGGAGCUUGUGGUUGCGAUAUGCAUUCUGAUGUUGUCAGCAAGAGGUCAUGGGCAGUGAGCGCACAGUCAGUCAUUCCGUAUACGAGCCAAGGAAUGAUGGAUAUGUUAGACCACAUGUUGCCCAUGUCCGAUAAAGGGGGAGAGGAAGACCCAAAUCUGGACACGUCGAAGGAAGGUGGAGCCUCUUGUACCAAAACCGAUGUGAGCAACCAUUGUGAUGCCAAAUCAACAGCCGCAGUUGCAGUCAUUGCUUCUGUGCAGUCGCCUGGCGAUGUCAUGGGUGUAAAUGAUGCAACCGACGAAAGUCUGGAAAAGAGUGGAGCCACCAGUCCAGGAGUGAAGCAAGGCUCCGAUUUGGCAGGAGGAUUACAAGCACAAGUUCCUCUUGCAGACGAACAUACAGCUGAAGGCAAGGAGAAUCACAAGCAUGUGAGCAAUAUGCCAGUCGAUUUGGAGAAGCAAGAAUUACCAGGAGGAGUACAUUGCACAAAGGUGAAUGAUGCCGGUAUGCAACACGAUGACAAGAGUAGAGGCUUUGAUGACGACCAAAAGAUACCAACAGAUGCGGGCACAUUGGCGGGGAAGCUGGAAGAAACAACGCUAGCAGAUGUGGAGGCGCAGGAAGCAACAGGAGGAGGCAACGGCGAGAAUGAGACCGAACGCGAAGCAGACCUGGCACCACCAAUGGACGUGGCGUCUACUGAGAAAGCAAACAAGGGUGGUGAUGCUGGUGGACCGGUCCCCAUGGAUGUGAAUACUACUGAGACGAUUGAAGAUCCAGAGCCCUCCUGCCAAAAGGGGUUGCUCGGUUUGGUUGCCACCAACCCUCGAGUUUAUGCCGAGGGCAAUGUUGUGGUUCAAGCAGCCUGUGUUCAAAAUCAUUUUGCUUCGAAGGGCAAACCCUUCGUUGCUGUUGUUGCAACCGGUGUAGGGGUGUACUGUAGAUUCCCUGGCUGUGCCAAAGCCCGCUUCAUCCGCAGGAGCUUGAAGACCGUUUCAGAGAUCAUUACACAGAUUGACAAGGUUGUUGGGUUGGAAACCCCCAUUAUCAUUUUUGGAUAUUCCCGAAUGUGCCGCUGUGUCUCUUUUCGGUCUUCCACAAGGGUGCCUACUCACAUGAUUCUGUCUCGAGGUCCAGGAUACAGUUUAGAAGACUACAUUCAGGCACUUGGUCGAGCUACCUUCAAUGGUCUGUCCGUCUUGAAGCAAAACGGGCAUAGCAAUGUCACCAUACUGACCAAUGAGAAUGACUUUCUUGCUGCAAAGAAGUACUCCACUUUUGUUCAGGAAGUCAAUGUGAAGAUCAAAGAGAAUUCUGGUAUCAGUCUAGUUGAAGCACUGAGAAGCGCAACCAAAAAGCUCCCAGAUGAGGCCAAUUGCUUUAGACACACGAACAGGAAGAUUGGUCGCCGCAAGGAUCUCAAGAUGAAAAUUCCCGGACGGGAAGCCUUCGAGGAACCCUCCAGCUUGAACGACUUGCAGAACAAGAAAGACCGCUACUGGAAUGAUAAGAUGACUCAGCGAGUGAUGAAAUUAUUCCUUGAGUUGGCCAUAGGUGAUGCAAGUUUUUGCUGCUGCACUGAUGAACUUGUGUCUGCCUACGAAGAAACUUAUGCAACUGAGGAAGGUCAGGGCAUCUCGGUGGGGAAAGCCCAACUGAAAAAAAUCCUGACAGACCUGGAAAAAGAUGUCAUCUUUGAAAAAGUCAAGCAGGAAGGCGACACCGAGCUGGCUUGGACUGCCAAAAGCUUGGUUGCAUUGGAGAACAUGCUAAACGAAACCCUCGAAGUGCCCAAUUACACUGAUGAUGAAAACUGGACGACAGAGCUUGCAAGCUGAUUCAAUAUUCUUGCGACACUGCGAUUGAACUAUUACUCCCCAUUUUUCGUCAUAGGUGCAGAACUAAAAGAACUAAAGGAAAAAUUGAGGUCU